AUGGAACGAAUGAGAGGAAAACUGUAUUCACAGGAAAUAAAGCAUAAGAAUUAUGAAACAGCUGUACUGGGAAGAAACGUGACCAUCUUCUGCAAUUUGACAAGUCUGAAAAAUGUUCUGCAAGUCACCUGGCAGAAAAUUGAAGGCUCUUUGCCACAAAAUAUUGGCACUUACAGCCAUAAAUAUGGAGAACAUAUUAUCCCACCAUAUGUGAACAGGCUGCAUUGCAAGAUCCUGGAACCCAAUGCCUCCUUCAUAACCAUUCAAAAAGUGACAUUUGAAGAUGAAGCCUGCUACAAGUGUCUGUUUAAUUCCUUUCCACAUGGCAGCCAUGGAGGACAAACCUGCCUUAACGUCCUAAUUGUUCCUGAAUUAAUAACUGAACUCCAUCCUGUUCCUGGCUCUGAAGAUCUCCUUAACCUUCAUUGUUCAGGGGUGGGAAAGCCUGCUCCUGGAAUCUCCAUUUACCCUUCAGAAGCACUAGUGCUCACGCAGGAAGAGCACUUUACUAAGAACCCAAAUAGCACAGUGACCACCACUAAAAUAUACAACAUCUCUUUGAAAGCUGUUAGGUCCUUGGGCCUCCAGCACCUGGUUGUGUCCAUGACUCACCCCCUAGGAUAUGAAGAGAAGAUAGUUCCUCUGCCAGUAAAGCAAGAGGAGCUCAUGCUUCUGUCGUGUUACAUGUUUGCUAAGUCCGUUUCCUCACCAGAUUUUGUCACUGAAGGUACCGUGGAUCAUUUCAGGAUAACUGCAAUUAUAUUCAUCAUUUUAUUUCUCAUUUCAUGUAUCAUCAGUGCUUUUUUCUAUAUUUACUUUAAAAAGAAAAGGUCAGAGAACACGCCUGUCUCAUUAUCGACACUGCGGCCCGGACCAUCAUCAACAGAACCUGAGGGCCUAAUGGGCCGCCACCAUCAGCCAGGCAUAAAUGGUUUUAAAGAUAUACAACACAUAAUCAUUAUCUAUAAUUACUUCUGGACAUUUGCACAAAGAAGUCUCACUGACAUCGAAUUAGAGCUUCGUCCUGUUGAUCAACCUCUCCUUAUCCCUCCUACCCUCUACUAA